AGGCUCGCGGAGGCGGAAGCGCCGUGAAAGAAAUCCUGGGGACACCGGGUGCUGGCCCAGGACACCGGGUUCCCUAGGAGCCGCCCCAGGCUUAAUGAUUGUCCAGAAGGAGGCUAUAAAGGGAGCCGGGGAGGCUGGGUGGAGGAGGGAACAGAAAAAGCCUAACUCAGCAGACUUGGCACUGAGAGCCCGCCAGCCCCAGCCGUGGUCAGAGACUCUGUGUCCCAGCCAGUAGGGCCUGCUCCUUGCCACCAUGGCAGCCCGAGGCUACGGCUAUUACCGAACCGUGAUCUUCUCGGCCAUGUUUGGAGGCUACAGCCUGUACUACUUCAACCGCAAGACCUUCUCCUUUGUCAUGCCAUCGUUGGUGGAGGAGAUCCCUCUGGACAAAGAUGACUUGGGGCUCAUCACGAGCAGCCAGUCCGCUGCCUACGCCAUCAGCAAGUUUGUGAGCGGGGUGCUUUCUGACCAGAUGAGUGCUCGCUGGCUCUUCUCUUCUGGGCUCCUCCUGGUCGGCCUGGUCAACGUAGUCUUUUCCUGGAGCUCCACAGUGCCUGUCUUCGCUGCUCUCUGGUUCCUCAAUGGCCUGGCACAGGGGCUGGGCUGGCCCCCAUGUGGCAAGGUUCUGCGGAAGUGGUUUGAGCCAUCUCAGUUCGGCACUUGGUGGGCCAUCCUAUCAACCAGCAUGAACCUCGCUGGAGGGCUGGGCCCCAUCCUGGCAACCAUCCUUGCCCGGAGUUACAGCUGGCGCACCGCGCUGGCCCUGUCUGGGGCACUGUGUGUAGCCGUCUCUUUCCUCUGUCUCCUGCUCAUCCGCAAUGAACCUGCUGAUGUUGGCCUCCAAAACCUGGACCCCACCCCCUCCAAGGGCAAGAAGGGCUCCUCGAAGGAGGAGAGUACCUUACAGGAGCUGCUGCUGACCCCUUACCUGUGGGUGCUCUCCACCGGCUACCUUGUGGUGUUUGGAGUAAAGACGUGCUGUACUGACUGGGGCCAGUUCUUCCUCAUCCAGGAGAGAGGACAGUCUGCCCUCGUGGGUAGCUCCUACAUGAGUGCCCUGGAGGUUGGGGGCCUUGUAGGCAGCAUCGCAGCUGGCUACCUGUCAGACCGGGCCAUGGCCAAGGCAGGGCUGUCCAUCUACGGGAAUCCCCGCCAUGGCCUGCUGCUGUUCAUGAUGGCUGGCAUGACGGCGUCCAUGUACCUCUUCCGGGCCACUGUGACCAGUGACUCCCCCAAGGAUAUUGCUUUCUGGACUCCGGCUCUUCACCCUCUUGCUGAGCUCACAGGCUUUACAGAGAACGAGCUCUGGAUCCUGGUGUUGGGAGCUGUGUUUGGUUUCUCCUCUUAUGGUCCCAUUGCCUUGUUUGGAGUUAUAGCCAAUGAGUGCGCCCCUCCCAACUUGUGUGGCACCUCCCAUGCCAUUGUGGGACUCAUGGCCAACGUGGGCGGCUUUCUGGCUGGGUUGCCCUUCAGCACCAUUGCCAAACAUUACAGUUGGAGCACAGCCUUCUGGGUGGCUGAGGUGAUCUGUGCAGCCAGCACAGGUGCCUUCUUCCUUCUACGAAACAUCCGCACCAAGAUGGGCCGAGUGCCCAAGAAGGCUGAGUGAAGACAGCACAGGCUCGGAGCAUCCUGUCGUACUUGGGGCCUUUCCCCUCCAUGGGGGUAGGGAGGAAAAGGAGGGAGGGGGCCGUCUUGACUAACACCUUUGACUUUCCCUUUCUGCUCCUUUUUCCUUAUCUACGUGGCACUAGAAGUUAUCAGUAGUUAAUGAGGUCCCAGCUCAUCUCAUCUCUAUUUAAAGGACCACCUUUGUUCUUGGACUCCAUUAGCUCCUAUUUCCUGCCUUCAAAUAGGAAGCCCCUGCACUUAGGGUGUCUCCUAUACUCUUCUCCCUCUCCUGAACCCCAUCCUGUCUCCAUCUCACCCUCCUCACCUGAGGUGAGGCAUCUCCUGCCUGCAGCGGCUGGGCAGCCAUGGCCCAAGACUUCUGCCAGAAGGCCUCAGCAGGGGGGCAACUGGUCCUGCCAAUACCUUGGACUCCAGGGCCAAAGGGUCACUCUCACCAAUACAAAGGGUACAAUAGGUGGGAGGGUAGAAAGAUUUGUUAUAGAGAAUUAAAACUACAUUUGAUACUAACCUUGUCAGUGAAUCAUUUUUUCAAAAGGCGUAAUACAAGCCAGAGAUAGCUUUCCUUUGGGAAAUAACCUGCAUUCUCUACCCCACGAGAGACUUCACUCCCCUGGAAUGGGAAAGCUGAAGGGUAAAUGGACUCCUUUAAGCUCCUGCCUCUUCUGCCUUCAACUUCAUACUGCAGAAUUCAAUAAACAUUUUAGA